AUGACAAAUGUUGUCGGGCAAAAGGCUCUGAAUGGAGAGUGGGAGUGGAUCUCAAAUAAAUGCUUUGAGAUCCAGGAAGAUAUGAUCAUGACAUUUGAAGGUCAGUCCUGCAAUAUUGCAGAUUCUGAGGGAAACCCUAUUCCGAAUGGGAGCCUUGGACCUACAGAUGGACAAAUGACAAGGGUUGUAAAGGCUGGCUACUGA